CUAGUAUGAACUACGCAUCAUUAGUUGUGUAGUAGGCAGUUGUGGAUCAACAAUGGAUGAUGCUGGUGUUAGGAACUUAGGCGUCACUAUAAAAAAAGAAGUUAUUGAUGAAACUGAGACUACUGAUAUGAGUAACAUGUGCGUCUCUAUAAAAGAAGAAGUUACUGAUGAAUAUGACCUUACUGAUAUCAGUAGCUUGGGUGUAUCCAUUAAAGAAGAAAGAACAGAUGAAAAUGUCCAACAAUAUUUGUCUUUUGGUAAGUUUUCCUGAAUUUUCAU